UGAAGUCUAUGUUUUUUGUACCAUUCUCACCGCUUAGUGGUGAAUAGGGUUUUUAUAUCGCUCCGAGAUCUCGAAAUAAGAAAGCUUCCGCCAGAGCCUGUGGAUUGGAAACCCUCCGUACUCGUUUAAGUGCGUCGGGAGCUUACCCAACCCGUGGGCUCAAGAUCUCUAUACCUGUUCCUUCUUUCUUCUUUCUUGCUAGCUACUCAUGGCCUCAAAUUCGCAAAAAGAUGUUCCUACCUCUUCCAGUCCGGAUGAAAAGAUUGGUGCAGCAGAGAGCAAAAGUCCAAAAUCUGAAUCAUCUUCUGUGGACACACAGAUGGGGCAAAGAAGACCAACCUCUGCUGGAGCUGGGUUGGCUGCAAAUCCUUUCGAUUUCUCUGCUAUGACUGGCCUACUGAACGACCCUAGCAUCAAAGAAUUAGCUGAACAGAUAGCAAAAGAUCCAUCAUUUAAUCAGAUGGCAGAGCAACUUCAAAAGACUUUUCAUGGAGCAGCAGCCGAAGAUGGUAUCCCCCAAUUUGAUACACAGCAGUAUUACUCAACCAUGCAGCAGGUUAUGCAAAAUCCACAAUUUAUGACUAUGGCUGAGCGCCUUGGUAAUGCAUUAAUGCAGGAUCCAUCCAUGUCUAGCAUGCUAGAGAACCUCUCUAAUCCUUCACAUAAAGACCAGCUGGAAGAACGAAUGGCGCGCAUCAAAGAAGAUCCAGCUCUGAAACCAAUACUAGAUGAGAUAGAGACUGGAGGUCCAGUUGCAAUGAUGAGAUACUGGAAUGACAAAGACGUUCUACAGAAGUUGGGUGAAGCAAUGGGUCUUGCAGUAGCAGGGGAAUCUGCUACUUCUGCUGAAAAUUCUGGGCCAGAUGAAACAGAAGAGCCCGGAAAUGAGGAUGAAUCCAUUGUUCACCGUACUGCUAGUGUUGGUGAUGUAGAGGGGUUGAAAAAUGCACUGGCCUCUGGUGCCGAUAAAGAUGAAGAGGAUUCAGAAGGGAGGACAGCAUUGCAUUUUGCGUGUGGAUAUGGUGAGGUAAAGUGUGCUCAAGUCCUUCUGGAGGCUGGAGCACUGGUGGAUGCUUUGGAUAAGAACAAAAAUACUGCACUUCAUUAUGCUGCUGGUUAUGGCAGAAAGGAGUGUGUGGCGCUUCUGCUGGAACACGGUGCUGCCGUCACUCUUCAGAAUUUGGAUGGCAAGACUCCCAUUGAUGUUGCCAAGCUGAACAACCAGCAUGAGGUACUGAAGCUGCUGGAGAAGGAUGCUUUCCUAUAAGCGAAACGGCUUACUUGCAGGCCCUUUUGGGCCAUCUUUCCAUGUGAUAGGGUGUUACUGUGCUGGACAAAACUUGUUUUGAGCAAAAGAAAGUUGUCAUCCAACUUAGUGGUUUGUCUAUGUUAUGUUUCCCGCUGUCUGGUUGCUAUUACAUAUGAGUUUUUAAUAUUCAAAUUACAUAAAGAUGUCACAUUUUAUAUGCUGGAUAGUUUUAUGGAUUGAUAAUUUACCCAUCCCUGACUCCUGUACAUCCUGCUUUGUGAACCAUUCAAUAAAUGGAUGGCUGAAUAUCGCAGCCUUCGGUUC